AUGCAUGUCAGGCAUUUGCGCGACCUGCUGGCUGAUGAAGCCAGGACCAAAGCACUCAUCAAGGAGCACAACGGAGUCUUUUGUGAUUUCUGCCGGCAGCGAAUCACAGUGCAGACACUGCAGCUGCUCUUCAAACUGGCAGAGGAGGCACAGUUGAAAGAAAAAAUCGAUGCAAUGUUCAGAGGAGACAAGAUAAAUUCAACAGAAGGCCGCGCAGUGCUGCAUGUUGCUACGAGGGCAAGGAGAGACCAGGAGAUAUGUGUUGAUGGCCACAAUGUGGUGCCUGAAGUGUGGGAAGUGCUCGAUAAGAUCAACGAAUUCAGCACAAAGGUCAGGAAUGGUGAAUGGCUUGGAGUUACUGGCAAGCCCAUCAAGAAUGUUGUAGCGGUUGGCAUCGGGGGAAGCUUCUUGGGUCCUCUUUUUGUGCACACUGCCCUCAGGACAGAAGCCACUGCGCAUGCAGCAGCUGGUGGCCGCGUGCUCCGAUUCCUUGCCAAUGUGGAUCCCAUUGAUGUUGCCAGAGCUCUCGAUGGACUGCAGCAAGAGGAGACACUUGUUGUCAUUAUAUCAAAGACCUUCACCACAGCAGAGACGAUGCUGAAUGCAAGGACACUGAGGACGUGGCUGACAACUGAGCUUGGCCAGGAUGCUGUUGCAAAACACAUGGUGGCAGUGAGCACCAACAUCGAGUUGGUGAAGGCGUUUGGCAUUGAUCCCAACAACACAUUUGGGUUCUGGGACUGGGUUGGGGGAAGGUAUUCUGUUUGCUCAGCAGUGGGAAUUCUCCCACUGGCUCUGCAGUAUGGAUUCGACAUAAUGGAACAGUUCCUCCUGGGUGCGAAUGAUAUUGACGAGCACUUUCUUUCUGCCCCUUUUGAGAGCAACUUGCCAGUGUUGCUUGGCCUGCUAUCCGUCUGGAAUGUGUCGUUCCUUGGCUACCCUUCCCGAGCCAUUCUGCCAUAUUGCCAGGCGCUGUCCAAGCUUGCGCCCCACAUUCAGCAAGUUUCGAUGGAAUCCAAUGGCAAGGGUGUGGACAUGAAUGGCAAACCCCUGCCAUUUGACUCUGGCGAGUUGGAUUUUGGCGAGCCAGGGACGAACGGGCAGCAUUCUUUUUAUCAACUGAUUCAUCAGGGUCGAGUCGUGCCAUGUGACUUCAUUGGAAUUGUGAGGUCCCAGCAAAGUGUCUACCUAAAGGGAGAGAUUGUGUCCAACCAUGAUGAACUCAUGUGCAAUUUUUUUGCACAGGCUGAUGCUUUGGCAUAUGGGAAAGGCCCAGUACAGCUGCGUUCAGAGAAUGUACCUGACCACCUCAUUCCACACAAAACCUUCAGUGGGAACAGACCGUCACUUUCGAUCAUGCUGCCUGAGCUCUCGGCAUAUCAGGUUGGACAGCUGUUGGCAUUGUAUGAGCACAGGGUUGCUGUUCAAGGAUUCAUCUGGGGAAUCAAUUCGUUCGAUCAGUGGGGUGUGGAGCUUGGGAAAGUGCUGGCGAGCAAGGUGAGGAUGGCAGCGGCUGUGCGCUGA